CACACACGUGGUUGGGCGUUGCUCGGCGCGUGAGUCUACAGACUAGAGCUGCUGCUAGUCAGUGUUGAGCCGUGAUCGUGUUGAAACGUGCUUUCGCAGUGCUCUGUUUACCUCGUUGAAGUUGACAGGGCUGAAUGGCAGAGAAACUUAAAUAUAUUUGAAUGACUCUUUAAAGAUGACUGCAGCGUAAAAAAAUAAGACCCUGAAACUGAAACUGCGGGAUUGUGUGCGAGCGUGACAACAUCGUGUGCUCGUGUGCGCAACACCAAGACGCCUUAAUGUGUUCGUGAUAAGACGAAGUGAGAGGUGAGAGCCAGGUGAGAAGACUUCCCCCACUCUGAUGGGAGGAGAGAAGCAGGAGACCUUUGUACCAAGAUGGACUCCAUUUGGUCCACCCGGCGAUACGCUCCCGUCACGGUGGACAUCGAUCUCAUAACACUUAAGGGAAAGAAAAUAUUGAAAGCAGCAUCCGAAAAGACGAAGAAAACAAAGUUGUCCCAGCAGCAACAGCAACAACAGCAAGACGUCUUGCAGCCUCUUCAGAAUCACAGCUCACACCUUCAACCACAAAUGGAUUCUUCAGAAGGGGAACCCCUUAAGCAGAGUGGCGGAGAGCUACCCACCAUUGCCCCAAUAACCUCAGGAUGGCCGCGACGUCGGCCUCUGAGCAUACAGUUCAGUGAUGUGACCCUAUGCAUCGGUAAGAAACCCAUCCUGCAGCGGGUGUGCGGGUCAUGCCGACCAGGGGAGCUAAUGGCUAUUAUGGGACCGUCAAGUUCUGGCAAGACUACUCUGCUAAACACUAUCAGUGGUCGGUUGCGGCCCACCAGUGGCACUAUCACAAUAGGCGGCGAGCCUCUCAACAAGCGUCACAAACGGCAAAUAUGUUACGUCCUGCAAGAUGAUAUAUUUUAUGCCAAUCUUACUCUACGACAAACUCUAAUGUACACAGCACUCCUAAGGCUGCCAGACAGUAUGUCACAUCAAGACAAAAUGAACCUUGUGGACCACAUUAUACAUCUUCUCGAUUUACAACGCUGUCAGUACACAAACAUUGGUGAAGUGAUGCACCGGGGCCUCUCUGGAGGAGAAAAGAAAAGGGCCAACAUUGCAUGCGAACUACUGACCAACCCUUCCAUUAUGCUGCUUGAUGAACCCACUUCUGGCUUAGACUCCAGCACAGCAUACAGCCUGAUAUCAACCUUGAAGCAGUUUGCUGAGAAGGAACAUAAGACAGUCAUAGUAACAUUGCAUCAACCAUCAUCACAAAUCUUUUACAUGCUGGAUCGGCUUCUUCUUCUCUGUAAUGGUCAAAAUGCUUACUUUGGAGAAACAAAGAAAGUGAUUGAACAUUUCACUAAUCUUGGUCUUCCAGUUGCUCCUCAUUACAAUCCUGCUGACUUCAUCUUGGAACAAGCCAAGGGGUCGCCAGAGGUGCAAGAAAGACUUAUUCUUGGUGCUAGAGAGAGACUAGGGUUAAACUUCAACAUGCAGGACAGUGUCAAGCUGCAGACAUCUCCCUCAAUGAAUUCCCUCUACUCAAAAUAUCUUGGCUUAUCAACUGUUCAUACUUCAGAUAGAUCAACCAAUCCAUAUCCUCGGGAUUCUAGUUGUACUUCAUGCCUCAAUCGAUGCCAAGAGUAUAGUAAGAGAUCUCCAUCUGAUGUAUCUGUCCCCACAGAUGUUAAUAAAAAGACAUCUGAAAUUUACAGUGAAAUGGUUGAUGGAGCGGAAGAAGACAGCGGCCGUUCAUCAUGGUCAGAAGAAACUGUAAGUGAAGCCUCUGGAUGCAGCUCAAUGUGUGAGGAUUAUCCUAACAUGCAGUGGCCUACCUCAUUCUUUACACAGUUCAAGGUACUUACUCGACGAAAUUUCUGUGUUGCACGUCCCAUUAUGUUGUCAUGGAUGAAUGGCACGCAAACCUUGAUCCUAGCUCUGAUUGCUGGCUUGCUGUGGUAUCAGGCGCCACGGACAGAAGAAAGUCUUCAAGAUAUUCAAGGAUGGAUGUUUUUCUCCACUAAUUACUGGAUGCUUUUCAUUCUCUUUGGUGCACUUCAGUCAUUUCCAGCAGAACGUGAAGUAAUUGCAAAAGAACGAGCAAGUGGAUCUUACCGAGUGAGUGCCUACUAUCUUGCUAAGAUGGUUGGGGAGCUUCCUUUGACAUUCAUCUUGCCAACAUUGUACUUUGUCAUUACUUACACCAUGAUGGGCUGGGACAAUCCUGCCACUGGUCUGAUGCUCCUCUUCAUGCUUCUGCUCAGUACUUUAGUUGCUCAGAGUGUAGGGCUGCUGAUCGGAGCAGUAUGUUACGAUCUGCAAACUAGCAUCACCGUUGCAGCCAUAUUCACGCUGUUCACGCAGCUCUUUGGAGGCUACUUGGCUACUCGAAUACCGCCCUGGUUGUCGUGGGCCAAAUACCUCUCCAUUGUCCAUUAUGCUUAUCAAAAUAUGAACAUCAUUCAGUUUACAUAUGGGUUAGAAAUAAGAUGUUCAACUAUGAACUCCCGUUUCAACAGUUGCGUUGAGUAUUCCCAGUCUGACUCAGGCACACACUAUAUUCCUGUCGAUGAGAUUCUUCAAGAAAGAGGAGAGCCUCUAUCUCUGUGGGCCAACUCAGCACUUCUCAUUGGUUUCAUGAUCGCAGUACGCUUGUUGACAUACGUGACGCUGCGAUACCUUCAUCGGCCGAAAUAGCAUAAAAUUAGAAAAAAAAAUAUAACCAUUAUUUAAAUGCUAUAUUACAUAAAUAUAUUAUUAUUUUAAAUGGGAAAAGAUCAAAAUGAAAUGGUUUUCCAUAGAUCAAGAAGCAAAGGAAAUGCAUAAAAACACUAAAUAUAAAAAAAAUAGAAAAUAUGAGUAGAAUAACGCAAAGAGACUAAUGAUAAUCUUAGUGUUAUGAAGUGUGGAGAAGAAUUUAUCAAUGGUUCUUGGCUGUGAUACAUCAAUUUGACUGCUUCCAGAAGGUGGGAAAGUGAGUCAGAUAGAAAAAUAAAACUACUCAUAUUUUCUUUGUAAAAUACAUUAUGAAAUAUUGGAUGAUAUACAUACAAGAAAGGCUAUAGUGCCUAAGAAGAUAUUGGAAAUUUGCAAAUAUUGAAAGGAACCCAAGAAGCAAAUGCAUUUGUGACGCAGGCUUCGGCAGACGAGUGACAGUGCAUAGUUCCUGCUUCAAAAUUUGAGUGUUUUAUUUAUUUUGGUUUUCGGUGUAUGUGAAGUUAUUAUAAAAAUCAUUCCAGACUCUAAAACUUUUAAUCUUAAAGUCUUCACUUUGAGAAGCUGAAGCCAUGGAGGUGCACCUUCUGUUGCUUUAUUUACUGCAACACAAACAUGAAACACUGUUGUUAAAACGUGUGCAUUGAUUACAUUAGGCACUAUAACAGGAAUAUACAGGUACUCUUAAUCACAUAAUCUGAUAUGUUUUAUGAGAAAAAAUAUUUCUUACAUAAAGGAUAUUGUGUAAGUCAUUAGAAUUAAAUGUAUGGCAGAAUAUCUUAUUUUCUAUUAUGCAAUACAUCUGAAAUGAAAUUUGAAGAUCUUUACUCAAUACAGUAAUGUUAGGGAGGGUAGGAAUGGUUGUGCCAAUUAGAAAUACUAUAAUUACUAAUACAGGAUGUUAUAACAUCCAUAUUUACACAUAAUUACGUUAAGAUAAAAAGUAUCAAGCAUAAA